GGGGGUCUUUCCUUCGUGUCACACCGGGCGGCUCCCGCUGCCUCGGCGUUUCUCGUUUGCACCUUCCCCCGCUGUCCAGUUUUCUCCCUCCUUGUGUGGAGGGACCUCUGAGGCUGUUCCUUUUCCCCUGCCGCGUGUGUGUCCGGGUGGCGUUGUACCAAAUGCCCCAAACAGCCCUAAAAACCUUGCGGUUCAAGUGGUUGGCUUUUUCCGAGGUGUGUCUGUGAGAUGGAAAAGGGGACUUGGCUUGCUGCAAGUGCACCAGGUGUUCCAGACUACUUAUUCCCGAUGUUCCCACUCGUUAAAAUCCCUUCUAAUGAACGUUCUAUUUUUCUAAAAGUGAGAUGAUGCUCAGUCUGGUCUCUGAAUGAGGGGGGAAAGGAGUGGUUUUAUAACUCCCUUUGUUACCAGGAAGGCCCGUCUUUGUCUCCAAACUUGGUUUUCAUUUAUUCUCUUUUCCUUGGUAGUCCCAAAUGGUUGUGAGAUUUUUGCUAUCUGUUCUAGAAAUAAAAAUACAGCAGUUUACUUUCACUUGGAGGACUGUUUCUGUAAAGAAUAUUAAACUCCCGAGUAUCCAGUUCUUCUACAGAUACAAGGUACCCACAUAAGACUUGGACACUUGUGAGGUAAACACAUACUGGGGUUUGUGUAGAAACAAGUAAAAACCCUGCUCAAAUAAUGUACAAAUACUCUCUUUUUUUUCAUAUAAUGAGUGAAAUAAGCUCAGAUGCAACCAGGAGGAUGGUGGAAAAAGGAGUUGUAUAGACCAGAGGCAUCUUUUUCCUCAUUCAGUUCUUGACCCUCCCCAUCAGGAUAUUUAAUCUCAUUUAACUGCAGUGGAAACUUGUUGCUGCUUAACAAGAGCUAAUUAUUAUAGCUGCAUAAUUUCCUGCUUCUGUUUCUCUCCCCUGCAACUAAUUUGGUUCUCUUAAUCCUAUAAAAAGCAAAUGAGAUGCUCUUGGAGCAGCCUGCCAUUCCCUCAUACUUCUGUGAAGUUUCUCUGGUCUGCUUGGAAUUGUGGGGCUCCUCCUUGAUUAACAGUUAUUUCAGAAAGAGACAUUGAGGCAGAAGCAAAUCUUUUAUUUUGGCAUUGCACAUAUAUAUAUAUCAAAAGCAGAGCACAGUGAAAUGAAAUUAUUUUUAUAUUUUUCCCCAAAAAAUUAAACUAUCAUGUUUUUCUGUUGUCAUGUGCUAUUGAAAUGCUGCCAACAGUCUGCUCAGACUUUCUUCUCUCCAGAAAAAGGAAAAUACAUGGGUUUGGAUUUAUUAUUCUACUUCCCAUUCUUAUGAAACAAUCACUUUUUUAAAAAAAUUAAGUAGCAGAAAUCACGCAGACUCACACAUUCUGAGCCACUUGGGAGAUUUUUUUAAACUUUUUAUUUGGAAAUGUAUGUGCCAGCUAGGAAAGUAUAAGGCUUCUGUAUUAUUCUGUUGCCUAUUUUAAUUAUUUCUUUUGCUGUGUUCUUUCUGACCUGUCUUCUCCUAUUUAGUCUGUCUUAUUGUAACACAGUUUGUGUUUUUUGUUAAACUUAGUUGGACUUCUGUACCUAGUUUUGUCCUUAUCCCCCUAUUUCACUCCCUAUCCUGUAAAUCUGUUAUUCAGAAGCGUGGCUGAAGCUGCAGAGAAGUAAUUUAAAGCAGUUAUUAGAAGUUUGUACAAUUAAUGGUUUUUUGCUUGGCCAGCUUUGGUAUGAUAGAACUCUAUAAAAGUAAAAAAAUGAUGACAUUUGUCAGGUAAUCCCUGCUGACACAGUAGACCAGAAUUUUGCUUCUGUCUUUCUUCUGCUCAUUUUAAUAAGGUGACAGGAUCUUGUCGAGUCAUUGAUUUUUGUUCUGUUGCUUAUUCCAGAGACCUGUAUUACCCCUGAGGCUGUUUUCCCACUACUGUAUUUGUAAUAUGCAAGCUUCCCUUUAUUCUCUGUGUCUGGAAUUACCCUCUUCUGUAAUUUACAGUUUGCUUUUUAAAUUAGGCUUGUCUCAUUACGCAUUUGAAUAUCUCCAUAUUGACCAUAUCAGGUUCUUUGCUGUUGCUUUCCUGGCAGCACCUGUCUUUAUUUCAGCUCUCUGGUUCUUGUUGGGUUUUGUUGUGUGGGCUUUUCCUUCCCCCAUAGCUGAAACUCCCAAUCCAGGCACAUCCAGCUUAGGCAGUGGGCAGUGGGGUGGGGUUUGGGUUUUUCCCCCUCAUUUUUGCCUUGCAGAGUGCCAGGAUGAGAAGGAGAACAUGCUGCUGAAUACAGAGCACCUGGUGGUGGAUGCUGAUGCUGGUGACCAUGGUGCAGGGAGCAGUGUGCUACCUGCAUUCCCAGGCACAGUCAGACAAGAAAUAGUUGAGGAUAACUUGGGAAUGGAAGACAGGAAUAGCUCUCUAAAGAAGGUGGAAGAAGAUGGGGGAUGCAGCACCCUGCAGGCAACUGGGUCGUCUUCCAAAGGCUCUGUUGUCCUUGAUGGCCAGCAUGACUUUGCCUCGUCGUGUGAGCAACCAUUGGAUUUCUGCGGUGGCACAAAGGUUGGAUUAGCACAGGAGCCCACAGACCUGUCAGGGUCACAAGAGCCUGCUGGGACUGAAAAGGAGGCAAAGAAGGAAAAAAGUACCCAAGCAUCCAGUGGGGUGGCUGGAGCUGCCUGCAGGCAGGAGGAGAACAGCCUGGCCCCUCACUCAUCCAAAGGUGCUCCAGCCAGCACUGCAGCUCAGAAUUUCUACAAGGGCUCUUCAGUCUUGGAGUCCAGAGGCAGCUGUGAUGUGGCCAAGGGAAAAAAAUCCUUACCUGUCAAGAAGAAACCUCGCACCUUCUAUAGUGCAGAGCAGCUAGAAGAGUUGGAGAAGAUGUUCCAGGAAGACCACUAUCCUGACAAUGAGAAGAGGAGAGAGAUUGCAGCUGUGGUUGGUGUGACACCACGGCGUAUCCUGGUCUGGUUUCAGAAUCGCAGGGCAAAGUGGCGGAAAUUGCAGAAGUUGAGUAUAAAAGGCAGCAGAAAAUACCCAGUAUCAUCAGCUCUGUCUGUCCCCUUUGGAUCAGAGGGCUAUGGGGCACCUCCUCUGACUGUGCCUCCAUUGCCUGACACUGCUGGAGACCAGCCUGGUGUGCUGGGAGGAGACCCUGGAGCUGGGAACUCCUCCAGCCUGCUCAGCACACACCCUCCAUCACCCACCUCUGCCUCAGCCUCCUCGGUGGCAGGAAUAGUGACGCCCUGUGAAGCGCAAGCUCAGAGCAAGGCGCUGCCGCAGCUGCUCUUCAAUCCCAGCGGUGUGGAGUGCUUUCCUAAUCUUCCCAGCCCUCCUCCCAUCCGCAGGGCCAGCCUGUCGCUCAGCCUGGCCUUCGACCCCCACAGCCACAUGGUUCCCCUGAUGCUGGACGCGCCCAACAGUGAAUGCAACUUGGCCAGUCAGGAAAAUGGCUCCAAGGAAGCCUUCUCUUACAGCGUCCAGAAUCAAGGCUUCAGUUCACCAAUUUCCUGCCCUUAUCCGGAGCAGCUGGAGCCUACAGACAACCUGGAGGCCACCUACUGUCAGUACAGCAGCCAGGGGGACAUCUAUCAGCUCUCCCAGUUGUGUCACCAAGGUCACCUGGCCAGCAGUAUGCUCUCCAGUGACCACUUUCCUCCUCCAACACCCCUGGAGUCCCAUCCAGCUUUCCCUGACUUACCUGGCAACAGUGGAGCCAUAACCUAUGGAGGCACACAAGGCUAUGUACAAAACCACACGGGGGGAGUCAUGCCACAGCAGCCAAGUGACAAUUCAGCAGAUAUCCCUGCCUAUCCAGCUGUGCCCUGGAGUGAUUUCUACAUGCAGGGAGCUCCUUUCUCCAAUCAGUUGCAUUCCCAAAUGCCUUUUUCUAGCAUGGCAGAAGGGCAAUACUUCACAGAGCCAUAUCUCCUUCAAGUGCCCAAUGGAACAGUACUGGAAUCCAUGCCAGAGACUGGAAGACAAAAGGGAGUGACACCACCAGAGCAAAGUUCCUACCAGAGCUACCAAACAGAGCCAGAGUUGGCAGCACUCGCUGAAAAAGAGGACUUAGAGAGCAGCAGCAAGAAAGGAGAGACUAUUGUUGAAACUAAAGAAGAAACUAAUGACUGAAGCUGCAUUCUGAGGAAAAAAGGAAGAGGAAAACUUGCUAUUUUAAACUCUGCAAAACAAGAGUUAAAAAGAGACAAGGAUAAUAUUGUUUGCAACAGAUGCACUUUUUUUUAUUUCUUUUUUUGGUUGCAUUUUUUUUCUUGUUGCCAUGAUUAUUUUCUUGCUGAAGAAAGAAGCAGGGAUAUUGCACUCAAUAAAAGUUCCUGCCCCAUCUUUUUUUUUUUUUUUUUUUUUUUUUUUUUUGCAAAUCUCCUGGCUUUAUCCUUCUUAACAAAUCCUAGUCUUGACCAGCCCUCAGACAGGAAAGAGCUGAUACAGGAGCCAGAGUCCCAUGGGUGAAAAUUCCAGAUCAUGCAAGUGUCAAAAGGUCUGGCUGCUGUCCUGGAAUACACAGGAAGAUAAACCAGAAGGAAUGACAUAUAUGCAAAACAGGAGGAGAAACUCCAGCAACUGGGGCUCCAGACAGCAGAAAAGUGUUGUUGGAAGUCCACCGCCGAUUUGGUACUAGCUUUGAACUACUUCUAAAAAAUUAUUUUUGUUGUAAAACUGUAACAAUAAACAGCAGCAGGACUGUAACUAUAAAUGCUGGCAGUGUAACCAGAUCCCUGUCUAUUAUUAAUUGCUUUAAUAUCCCAUUUGAAUUUUUCUGUUUGAACUGGGCUUGAUCGUCUUGGCUUCUGCUUUGCCUGGGAAACAUUUCAUCUAUUUGUCUAAAAUCAGUGGUAAGCAGCAGAGGACUCCAGUGAAGAGAUUGUUCAUUCUGAGAGCUGCAGUCCCCAGGAAUCGUGCUUCCCAGAGGAGCUGUAACCACCUGGAUGUGUAGGAUGUGUAAUACGAGUGGCUAAAAUGGAUGUCAGACUGUUCUUGUGAGGAAGGACCAUCAUGUUGUAGGAAGAGGGCCAUGCAUUUCCUUUGUUACUUGCUGUGUUUAACCCUGAGUCUUUCACUGGCUUCUAGACACAGACAAUGCCCAAAUAGUUUUUAUAUUUACUGUGAUGAGGGUGUCCCUUUUGUACCUUGUGCAAUAAGACCUGGUACUGCCUAUUGUUUCAGUCUGGCCAUAGAGCGUCUGGCAGGAACUGGAUGUUGCAGCUCCUCUCCUUUUUCUUCCUCCUGUAGAACAGGUUUAUGUCUGGCAGUGGCUGAACACUACUGAAAGACUAAGCAGUAUAGACAGGGACAGAUUUUGAGUCUACAGCUUUGUGUGGCUAUUCCAGAAUUUCCAUUUUCUACAGCAAAAGUUAGUUCUUACCUGUAAUAAGCUGAGAAUGGUUGGGAAUGUUCAUUAGUUCACAC